CCCCUCGACCACAGGCCACAGCCAGGCUCUCCCUUUCCGGCCGUUGGCUGAGGGUGGGAGCCGGGGCCCCAAGACCUCUGCGGGGAGACGCCAGCCUGUGUCUGCCAUGGGGCCUGGGUCGGGGGGCUGGGGACGUCCGCUGCUGACCGUGGCCACCGCCCUGAUGCUGCCCCUGAAGCCCCCGGGCUCCUGGGGGGCCCAGAUCAUUGGGGGCCGCGAGGUGACGCCCCACUCCCGGCCGUACAUGGCAUCCUUGCGCUUCCAGGGCCAGCACCACUGCGGGGGCUUCCUGCUGCAAGCCCACUGGGUGGUCUCGGCCGCCCACUGCCUCAGCCACAGAGACUUCCGCACGGGCCUGGUGGUGCUGGGCGCUCAUGACCUGCGUGCCACAGAGCCUACCCAGCAGGUGUUUGGCAUCGACGCUGUCACCAGGCACCCCGACUACAAUCCCGUGACCCACGCCAACGACAUCUGUCUGCUGCGGCUGAACAGCUCUGCUGUCCUGGGCCCUGCAGUGGGGCUGCUGCGGCUGCCCAGGAGAGGGGCCAGACCCCCCGUGGCCGGGACACGGUGCCGGGUGGCCGGCUGGGGCUCCGUGUCUGACUUUGAGGAGCUGCCGCCCGGACUGAUGGAGGCCGAGGUCCGAGUGCUGGGGCUGGACGUCUGCAACAGCUCCUGGAGUGGCCUCCUGAGCCAUGCCAUGUUCUGCACCCACAGUGGGGACGCUCACAGGCGGGGCUUCUGCUCGGCCGACUCGGGGGGGCCCCUGGUGUGCAGAAACCGGGCCCACGGCCUUGUCUCCUUCUCGGGCCUCUGGUGCGGUGACCCCAAGACCCCCGACGUGUACACACAGGUGUCCACCUUUGUGGCCUGGAUCUGGAACGUGGUUGGGCGGGGCAGCCCCCAGCCCGGCCCCCUGCCUGGGACUGCCAGGCCCUGGGAAGGAGCCCCCUGAGCCACUGCCUUGCGGCAUGCAAAUGAGAUCACUGUUCUGGGCCUGGAAUGUUCCGUGGCCGGGGUGGGGGGUCUGUGGGGCUGCAGACACCAGAAAACCUGAUGUGCAGGGUUGGGGUGGGGCCGGUGACGGGUGGGGGCACCCAUUCCGCAUGCAAAGGGCUGAACAGAACCGAGUAAAAUGUUAAGUGAC